AUGGCGAGGAGCAGUACCAGUCACCGUGGCCGCCCGUCGGUGCACGAGCCAAAUGCGUCCAUCUGGCCAAUUCAGCUUCUGGACCGAGGCAAGAACCGUUUCAAGGCGCCUUCGUCCUCUGCUACAACCGCCCAAAAGAGGUUUGCAUACGUUCCUGUGCCUCUCCUCGACUUUGAAGAUCUCUCCUUCUUUGUCAACUUUGAUUGGAUCGCUGCAAAGCUUGGGUUGGACCCUUCCGGAGGCGAGCCGGAUCAUCUCCGCGCGGGGGCCAAACGUCGUCAUGCCUCGCCGGAACAUGACACCGCACGAGCGAAGAGAGCAGUCAAGGACGAAGUCACAGAGCAAACAUCGACCGAUCUGGCCGACCUCGUAGACACACACUGCCUCUUUCGCGUCAAGGCCCGAGAAUCACGCGACAUCGAUAGCGUACUCGCAAUCAAAGAACAGUUGGACCGCCCGUCCACGCAUGAACGUCUGCACGUCGCCGAUGUCGCCUUCGAUCUCGAAGAAUUCUCGCCGGGUAGGCCAAUGGGAUCCGUCAUCAGUCGCUCCAUACGUCUCCGCGAUGUUGACACCGGCACAUUGAUCGCUACCCUACCUGCCGUGGCAGACGAUGCUUCGAAGGAUGCAAAUUUCGACCCGCACAAGCUCACAAACAGUAGCUGGAUCACCUCGCUCUCUCACUUGCUAUCUAAAGAUGCUGUUACGUCGAGGGCGAGCCUGGACAUUGUAUCGCAUCCUUCAGACUAUCCGUCAGAACGUGUGACCGCAGGCUCGCUAUUCCUCAAGCUAUCCAUUCGAGUACAGGCUAAGGUCUCCAUCGACGCCACCGGUCGUCUGGCAGCCGAUCUCAUGCUCGACAUGGCCAGACUUGUUCGGCUCGCUCUGCCGCCGAAUCAGAACGCACAAGUCGUCGAAGAGGGCCAAGAGAUGGAGCGCGACGUCGAGGUCGACGCCGGCUUCGUCUACCGGAAUCUGCGACCUGCCUCGCUGAAUCCACCGGAAUCGGUGCAGCACCCAGACCUUGUCCCCACCCUCCUUCCGUUUCAAAGGAGGUCCACCGCUUUUGUUCUGGGUCGCGAGGGUGUCGUCUUCGAUGCACAAGGUAAUCUCGUAAAGAGCGACCACAUCUAUGGCCACAGCGGCCCCAGCGAUCUGGGCCUCUGGUGGUGCCGCGUCGAUUCGAACCUCUUCUACAACUGGAUCGAGGCCAGGUUCGUCCGCGACCCAACGCUCACGCGACUUAGCAACUGCCGAGGAGCGAUGCUCGCCGAGGAGAUGGGCCUCGGCAAAACGGUGGAAGCCGUGGCCUUGAUGCUUUUGAGUCCGGAUCCUGACGCCACCUCAAGAGCUGGCUGGUACGAUGACCGCAACGAGAUCGAUGUGGUCCCUACCAAGACCACACUCAUCGUCGCUCCCGAGACCUUGCGCACGCAAUGGAUCGAAGAAAUCGAGCAGCACGCCCCCGGCCUUUCCGUCUACUCUUAUGCUGGCAGGACCAAGGCUGAGAACGAUGUACCAGAAGGUCUCACGUGGGAGCAGUGGGCGCAGCGUUUCGAUGUCAUGAUCAUCUCGUAUGCCACCCUCUCGCGCGAGCUCAGCACCGCCAAGAGCGAGCGCACGCGAUCUCGACGCUUCGAACGCAAGUACGAACGGCCGCGCAGCCCGCUCGUCAAGCUGCACUUUCACCGUGUGCUUAUGGACGAGGUACAGAUGAUCGGCUCGUCAAAUGCUGCCGAGACCGUCUCCAUGAUCUCCCGCGGCUCCUCGGUCGCCGUCUCCGGCACGCCGGUCAAGAAGCUGGACGAUCUCAAGUCGUGCUUCCGCUUUCUCAAGGUGCCGGGCUAUUUGGCCACACCGGCCGAGUGGCAAUCUAUCCUGCAUCCUCUGCUAGGACCGGCCCUGGUGCAAGUCUUGCAGACCAUCGGAACGCGGCACACCAAGGCGCAGGUGGCCGGUGAGAUGUCGUUGCCCCUCCAAACUCGCUCGGUCAUUCCGAUCGAUUUUACAUCCAUCGAAGCUGCCUUCUAUGCUGACGUAUGGUCGGAUGCCCUCAACGAUACUGGUUAUACCACGGAUGGCAACCCGCACUCCCAAGACCACCAGAUGGACGUAAGCAAGAUGCGGCAGCACCUCUUACUGCUCCGUCAGGCGUGCACCCACCCGCAAGUUGCUCUUCAGUUUCGCGGCGGCGUCGUUGGCUCCAAGAAUCUGCGCAGUAUCGACGAAGUGCUGGAGCUCAUGAUCGACUCGACCAGCACAGAGCUGCACAGCACUCGGACUCAUUGGUUCGAUCGACGCAUUCACCGCAACAUCCUUGGCCUCUACCGACGCGACGAGGACCAGCGCGUCCUGGCGGCCUCGCAGUUCAGCGACAUUGAAGCGGAAAUCCAUCGAAACGUCACUGUGCUGGAACGGGAAAUCCGCGAUGCCAGCACUAGCGGUCCCCUUUACCGCUUUACUGCCGACGAGAUCGAACUCGAACAGAAGGCCGAAGCACGCAGGAAGCGGAUGGACCCCACCGGCGCCGAUCAGAAGAACGACGAAGAUGCCGAUCCGGCUCUCGCAGCGCUGAUGGAAGACCCCGAAGCUUACCAAGCGUUACUGGAUAAGCGCAAAUCCCGGGCUGCCCACGUCACCCAGCUCAAGGCCCUCCUGCGAUUCUUGCUCAUGAAGUUGCAUCGACUGUUGCAGUUCCAAGGAAACCUCUACUUUCAGCGCGGCGAGUUUCUCGACGAGCAACAGAGCGCUACCGUCUCGGCGCUGCCAACAACACCCCCACAGGAAUCCUACACAGCAAACGCAGGGCAAGUCAAGGUGGAAGACAAUGUCGAUAUGGUUCGCGAUCUGACAACGCCUCCGCUACAAUCGGCGGAAGGUGACGUUCGAAUCACCGAGACAAAGAUCGAGAACGUUCUCAAGCCGACCAUGAGUCGGGAGCGUCAAGCGCUCAAGGACAAAGAAGAUGCUGCCUAUGCCAAGGCUGAAAAGGUUCGACAGCGCCUGCUGGUCGAAGCAGGCGAGGAGGUUCAAGCUGCCAUCGCCAGGUUGAACCGCGAUCAAGUUGAGCUGGACGCAGCCGCGGUACGAGCGUCGACCGAUCUGUUUGAAGAGGGUGGCGGCAUCCGAAGCAGCGAGGCUUACGGUAUGUUGGCCGACAACGUGCAACUGUUGGACAAGCAUGCCCAGGUCCUAUUUCGUUGGCGCGGCAGCAUCAUCGACCGCCUCGUACGCGCCGUGAAUCGCGAUGUCAGCCUUGAACGCGAGGACGACGAUCAAUACCAAGAGAAUCUGGACACCCAGGCGGAGGCCGAGGUCUUGCUCGAGAUGUAUCGUCCACUGUUAUCCGAGCGCGAAAAGAUCCUCAAGGGUGGCGUGGCGGUUGGUGCGACGGAUCGACCUCGCUUGUUCAAAGAGCUCGAGGAGGCUGUGCGAAUUGCCCGCCAGAACGAUCUCCGAGGGAUCGAGCCCGAGACCGAGGCGGACGAAGAGCUCAUCCGCGUGCAGAAGCAGCAGCUCACGCAUUUCAAGACGCUGGACCAAGAACGCAAGUCUGUCUCCCUGUAUAAUGGCAAGCAAUCGGUCGUCAGUGUUAUCGAGCAGCUCAAAGCGCUCCGUGACAACAGUCUCAGGAACGAAGAGACGGUGUUGGCGACUCGGGCAUAUCUAGAGGCUCGACGCAUCGUCAACGAGCAGGUCAAGCACCUUGACAAGCUGCGCAACGAGGAGAAGCUGCUGCUGACAGCCCUUUUCAACGCCCGAAGUCGCUACUUCAAAGAGAUUCAGGUGCUCUCGGACACGGUGCGUGAUCCCAUCUUCUCCGACCUCGAACGAAAUAUCCACUCGACGCAGAAAGAGGAAUCCGACGCGGUGAGCAAGGUGGACGAGCUGGAAAGGAGGCUGCGCUACCUUUUGCAUCUGCAGAAGGUGCAAUCGGCGGACGAUCUGGAUGACGAGGCCAAGAUCUGCAAUAUCUGUACCGACCCCAUCGAGACGGGCAUCCUCACCAACAAAUGCGGCCACGUCUGCUGCGAGAACUGCUGGAAGGAGUGGCAGUCACAGGGCCAUCGAACGUGUGUCCUUUGUCAGACGCGCGUGCUGCCGACCGAGGUGCACCGCAUCAUUUACUCGCGGCCGCAGGCGUCGGCCAAGAGUGGACAGGUGGCUUCCACAACAUCCAGGUCAGGGACGCUCGCCAAUGCUGCCACCGGCUUCGGAGCAGAUCCGCUGGCAGUGCGCUACAACGAGCUGGACGACAACCUGCGCGGCGUGCUGAACCGAUUGGCGACGCAGGGCCGGUUCGGAUCCAAGAUCGACCACUUGACUAAGCACGUGCAGCACAUUGUCAACCAGACGGGCGAAAAAUCGCUCAUCUUUUCGUCGUUCGGCCGCGGUCUGGAUGUGGUGGCGCAGGCGCUGACCGCCAACGGCAUCCGCCAUGUGCGAUUGACCGGCGCGGGCAAGUCCGGCAGCGAAUCAGCCAAGCUUUUCCGGAGCGACCCGAACAUCCACGUGAUGCUGCUCCAUUCUGAAGUGCAGAGCUCAGGGCUGAACCUGCUGGCAGCGUCGCACAUUCACAUCCUCGAGCCAUUGCUCAACACGAGCCUGGAGCUGCAGGCCAUUGGUCGCGUACACCGUAUCGGACAGACCAAAGAGACGCACGUCUGGUGCUACUACGUCAAGGACACGGUCGAGGAGAGGAUCCUUGCGCUCUCGGCCUACAAGGGGCAGAGCAUCUACUUGGCCGGCCGCAACACGAGCGCGACCGACGGGAGCAUGACACUGGCAACGUCGUCAUCCAACAAGUCGGCAGCCGCCGAGCAGGCGCGGCAGGACGCCAAGAAGUGGUCUGCGUUUGGCAAGGGUGCCAAGUCCGGCAAAGCUGGCGCCAUCCGCGGCGACAUUACGAGCAACACCGCCGAGCUGCUUGCGUGCUUCUUCGCACGCUUCCUUCCGGCGCUGGGAUCGAUACCAGCAAACCAAUCUUCUGCGAUCUCGGCGAACUCCGCAAGCGCCAGCGGCUCAAAUGGUCAUACGGUCGCAAAUGGCGAGGUGGGCAGCGGGUCCGAGGAGGUGGAAGAUGAACGCACAAGGCUGCGUCGAGCCCGACUGGCUGCGCUUGAACAGCGGCAGGCGGGUCAGAGCUCGUAG